AUGCUUACUUUCAGUCCAGGUCCUCAUAUUGUCAAAUAUGUUGAUGCUGUUAAGGCAAAGAAAGUGACUGAUCCCAAAUCCAAAUCUUAUGAGACCAUCAGUAGUAGUUGCUGUGGUCACAUGAUGACUGCAAAGAUCGCCUUCUUCCCAUCAGUGGUAAAACAGGUCAAUCCUUUUCUCACAGCAUUUCAGACUGAUAAAUCUAUGCUGCCAAUCAUGAGUAUUAGAUUGUGCACUUUGUUGAAAUCGUUAUGUAAUAGGUUUAUCAAGGGUGAACUUGUGACUGAGGCAACAUUUCCUUUGAAGAUCCUGAGGUUAAAGCCUUCUGAUAAAGAACAGCAGUUAGACUACCAGAAAGUUGAUGUUGGCUUUGUGGCACAACAGAUGGUGAAAGAAAAGUCUGGGAAAUUGAGUGAAAGGCAAGUUCUUCAAUUCAGAAUGGAAUGUAAAGAUUUUCUUGCUAAAACAGCUUCUAUACUGCUUGACAAAACACCAAUGAAUUAUCGGCUGGUAAGAAAUAUGUCUUGUCUGUAUCCAAGGCUAAUGGCAUCAGAGAAAGAACGAUGUGUUAACAAAAUGAAAAGAGUUCUGGAAAUUCUUGUGGAAGCCCACAGAUUGAAGGAUGAUGAGUGUGAUGAGGUGAUAUAUCAGUUUGGACAGUUUCUGGAUGAAUGUGCAGGUAAUCCUGACUUCGAAGAUUUUGACCCCAGUGAACCCUUUUCAAGAGUUGACACGCUAUUGUAUGAACACAUGGCUGGUGAUAAGCAACUGGUGAAAGUGUGGAGAGUGGUUGAAUUACUGCUGCUAAUGUCUCAUGGUCAAGCCACAGUUGAACGAGGCUUUUCUGUCAACAAAGAAGUGGUAGUUGAGAACCUGUCAGAAAGAUCGUUCAUUGCACAGAGGAUUAUUCAUGAUCAUAUUGAAUCAGUUGGAGGCCUUGCCAAUGUACAAAUAUCAAAGCAACUUCUUAUGUCAUUUGCUGUCGUGGUACAGAAGUAUCUUUCCUAG